CGAGCUGGCUUGCGCGUGUCACGCCUGCAUCGCUUUCCACUGGCACGACGACGUACAAGAGAUUCUACGAAGAAAUCGCCGGUUGAUUUCUGUGGGCUUGUGGGUUCCAGAUGGCGGCCGAGCCGAAAGCGGUGACGGAGGACGCGAAGAACGAUUUGUUCGAGGACGACGAUGAGUUCGAAGAGUUUGAGAUCAACGAAGAGUGGGACGCUCUGGAAGAGGUAAUAGAAGCGCCCCAGCAGUGGGAGGAUGAUUGGGAUGAUGACGAUGUGAACGAUGAUUUUUCUCUGCAGCUAAGGAGAGAGCUGGAAAAUGCUGCCAAGAGCUGAAGAUUGACCUAGGAAUUCUUGAUUGUCGUUCGUAGUUCAAGGUAUUGGUUUGGUAAUCAUUGUCUACUUCGCAAAACAAGCUUUGUACCUUCGCGUGUUUAACUGGAAACUUCUGCAUCCCUUCUUGUUAAGAGAUUGAAAUUCUGAA